AUGGCCUGACAUACACCAAAGGCAAAUUGGCAGCUAAAAACGCGAAUUAAAAUAAAAUGAUGGAUGAGCAGCUAAUUGACGAGGUGGCGCAGCACGGAGUGAUCUACAACCGACAGAAGUACUACCUGAACGGAGGCGCCAAUGGCGGGAAGUACGAGACGAAGGACGAGGCCUGGCAGUUGAUUGCGAUGAAGCUGCGAACGGAUGUGGACACGUGCAAGAAGCGGUGGAAGUACCUGCGCGAGCGCUACGUCUCCCAACGGAAGCAGGGCGAUCCGCCCGUCUACGAACACCUGUCGCGUCCCUAUCUGGAGAAGAUGAAGUUCCUCGAUCAGCACAUUCAGCCGCGCAAAUCCUACCGCCAUGUGCCGAACUUCCUGACAUCACCGCAGUCGGCCAACAGCUCCAGCUACAACGAGUACCAGGUGGACAAGUCGAAUGGCUCCAUGAAGAAUGUCUCCCAGUUUAACAGCUCGGGUCAAAGCCACCACUACCACCAGCCGGAUCAGCAGCAUGCCAUGAGUGCUUUGAGUACAGCGGCUGCCUCGGCGCUGGAAAACGUCAACGGGCAGGUGAAGAUCGAGGCGGACCAGGUCUUCAGGGACUUUGCCGCGGCCGUGGCCUCGCAGCAGCUCCAGCACAUCUCACAGUCACAAAUGCAACAGCAGGCGGCGGCCGUGGCCGCUGUGAUGGCCGACUCCUCGCAGGGCUAUCAGGAUCAGUACAAGGACGGCUCCUCUGUGGGCGUGAAUGGCGUCCAGAACAGCGCCGGCAGCCUGACUUCCACCUCGUCCUCGAUGAAAUCACCGCUUUCGUCGCCGCUGCAAGGAAUCGGGGCUGGCACCCAUCAUUCUCAGCAACAGCAGCAGCAAUCCCAGCAACAACAGCAACAGCAGCAUCAGCAGCAGCCAUCCCAGCAACAGUCGCCGGCUUCUAAUCAGCAGCUUCCGGUGGUACAUUCCUCUUCCAGUGCCGCAAGCGGUUCCAUCAGCACCAGCUCUAAUCUGCAGAUGCAGCAGUCCCAUGUCUACAACCCCAAGGGCGAUGAUUUGGACUCUUCGGCAUCCAGCAAUUUCCACAUGAAGAAACCAAGGGUUCAACUCAAUGGCAGUGUUCACACUCAGAUGGCCAGCAAUGGCAGCCACUUUGGCAACGACUCGGAUGACGAUUCCGAUGACAAUAGCCAUGAUCUGAUGGAGCCGCAGGUGUUGAUGCAACACGAUAAUCACUAUGGCAAUUCCAUGAGUAUGCAGCGUGGCAAUGGCAAUGGCAACAACACGGGCAGUAAUAGCGGGAGCAACAUAACCAGUGGCAAUAACAGCGGUCACAACAAUCAGCAGCAGCAACAGCAGCAGCACCAGAACAUGUUUCCGUCAAACACGGACUUCCUUUUCCAGUUGUACCAGCAGUUUCCACACCAGGCCAACAGCUCACACCCCUCAAACUUCGGGAAAUUCCAGGCGCCGCCCAAUCAUCCGGGCGUCCAGCGAUUGUCGGAGCAUCUGCUGGGCGAGCUGGUCACCACGGAGCUCCUCAAGAUGAACAAGGAGCGCAAGAAGAGUGCACAAAAGCGUAUACUAGAAAUACUCUUUUUCGACGAUUAAAAAAGGGCUAGCUAAGCAAACUUAGUUUCUGUAAAUAGUGUAAUCUAUAUAAUUCAUAACUUAUGUUAGCUUUUAAACAGCAUAUUGAGUCGCAUUGGUCCAGCAUCCCACCAAGAAGCUAUCCUCUCGAACGCUUUUCAAACUGUGCUAGUCAAGACCAGCAAUCAGGAUGGCCCAAAUGGGAUUCCGUAUCUGCAUUAAUUUAUAUAUAAUUAUUUUUAAGUAAUGAAUGGUUUUAAUUUAUUUCGAAAGUGUUAAUUAAACUGUAUGCAAAGGCAA